AUGCUGACGCAGCAAUGGCAGGUUUCGGAAGGGGCUGUCACAUUCUUCUUUAUCCUUGAACUGCCCGAAGCUGUGGGAUAUGCAAUCUUCCUGGUAAUCGCCGGAUUCUUCGCGCUGUCGUUCUUCCUGGCUGUGGCGAGCGUGAUUCCAGUGCUGCGGAACGUGGCGCUUCUCAUAGGCAAGAAGGUGUCGUUCGCCCUCGACUUCGUCGUCUGGAUAGGAUUCAUCCUGAGCUGGGCAUCGGCAAUCACCCAGCUAUCCCUCGAUCAGUGGUGGGCGGAGAUGCUGCUGUGGGGCGGCCUUGCCCUGAUCGUCUUCAUGCUGGUGAGGAUGGUGCUGAGGCUCGUGCGAUCGUAG